AUGGCCUCUGAAGUUUCUGCGGCACCUCCGAAGAAUUUUGCGGCAAAGGGUGUACUAGUGGGUGUGAUAAAAUCAACAGGCCGUCGUGUUCCGGUGAUUCUGCAACAAAGCGCUAUGUGGGAUACUUCGAAGGCUGGAAUUACGAACAUCCAUGCGAUACUAUUCAUCCGUCAAAAAUUAACUAUAAACCCUGGACGUAUCAACUCAGAUCAUACCCUUGGUACUAUGGGCUAUUAUUCUCACGAAUUUUACCGUGCCUUUACGGGUUUGAAGGCUAAAAAACCAUCUUUGAAAUGUUUCUUGUCUGUUGGAGGAUGGGAUGCGGGAGGCAGAGUGUUCUCCAAUAUGGCUAGCUCUGCCGGUUCCAGGAAAGUCUUCAUUGAAUCUGUUAUUAAGACACUGGCGGAAUUCGGAUUUGACGGUCUCGAUAUCGACUGGGAGUAUCCUGUUGCGGACGAUCGCGGCGGCUCUAAAUCGGACUACAACAACUACGUUCUUCUCCUUCGUGAGCUCAAAGAUGCUUUUGGAACGAAGUAUGGCCUCACCAUGGCAAUUCCAGCCUCCUACUGGUAUCUCAGGGGAUUUGAUCUCAAAAACAUGGUCAAGUACGUCGACUGGUUUAAUGUUAUGAGCUACGACAUCCAUGGUACUUGGGAUGGUCAUAGUGCUUGGACGAAAGAAGUUAUUAAUCCACACACAAACUUGACCGAGAUAUCCAUGGGCUUGGAUCUUCUGUGGCGUAACUCCGUUCCUGCAGAGAAGGUUUUACUAGGGCUCGGCUUCUACGGACGAUCUUUUACUCUCGGUGACCCAAGGUGUAAUACCCCAGGCUGUUCCUUCAAAAGAACCGGAGAUGAAAAUUCCGGUGGAGCUCUCCCUGGCCGUUGUACGUUGAACAGUGGAACAUUGUCCGAUUACGAAAUUAACAGGGUUCUUAAAUCGAAAUCCCCGGAACUAGUCUACAAUGAGGAGGCGGGCGUCAAUUGGAUUACAUGGGAUAAAGAUCAAUGGGUCUCAUUCGACGAUGCGAGAACAUUAAAACAAAAAGCAUCCUUUGCAAAUAAUUUAUGCUUAGGAGGGACUUUUGCCUGGGCGCUUGAUCUUGGAGGCCCUGGUACCAUGGGUCGGCCUGACGAGCUCAACGGCAACACAUUGAGUCUUGACGGGGCGGACCCAGAAGGUUCGGAUAGUGGUUCCGGUGAUGUUUAUCUCUCCCCUGAGAUAUACAAAAUUCAAAAUCCCGGAAACGCUUGUAUACCUCCUUGCACCUUUAUUAUGCCUCGACUCACGCUCGACAAAGUCACUACGAUCACUUUCCCCCCUUAUGUAACCUCCUUGGAGGUCGCGUGGUGGACAGCAUCCGCAAUCACCCUUCCUGGCGGUGCAAUAUCGAGUUCGAUUUGGCAGGUUAAGACCAUUCAAACCACAACGCUUACUAUCCCGCCGCUUACAACCUCUGUACUUGACAUGUGGAACUGGCCAGUAACCAAAUCCGGCCUCUCCUCGACGACCUACGUGGUACCUGCCACACAAUACCGUGGCCCCGCCGCAGAUUACAGGUGGCGCAAUGGCGGCUCUAGCAACGGCCAGCCCCUCCCAGGUGGUUCUCAAUUGACGCCGGGUCGUGCCCCUGAUGCAACAACCACCGGAGCUUUCCCUCCCCCAGGAUCUGGCGCGAGCAGCCAAAAUCCGACUAGCGGACAAGAUACUGAAGCAGGUAUUCGACCUGCUUCUGAUAGAUCGACCACUGGGGUAUUUCCCCCCCCAACGGCUGGAAAGACCACUACCGACCAAACUAAAAGUCAGCAUAGCCCGCCAGCCACUGGUGGUUCGCUCGAUGGAAUAACCACACUAUCUUACCGCCCACCGACUACCCGUAAAUCUGGUAACAAUCCGACCGACAAACAUGAUAGCCAGCCAACUUCCAACAGUGGACCGGAGUCAAGUACGGACGGUAUUAUUCUCCCCCCGGGUAGCCACAUCCGCCCUACAGAAAGCAGAGGCUCUGGCUCUCAAGAGAGCGGCACCUCCUCCAGUUUCCCUCCCGGAACUCGAACAAUCACGCCACGACCACAUCCGCUCACUUCGGAGACCGAUAAUAGCAAACUGCCAACUGUCUCGUGGACCGAGGGGCCCCCUAGCCCUACCUGUACAAAAGACUGUGGAACGAAAUGCGAAGGGCCUUUCUGUGAUUGCAAAGGCGAUGAUUGUGGCAACCAUAACAAAGAUUUUAUUGACCCGAACGACACACACCCGCCCAAAGAUACUGACCGCCGAAAAUGCUUUGGUCCAGGUUGUGACAAGGGGAAUUGCCCUAUUGGGCUCAAUAUCCUUUGGACGGGGUGUAAAGAUGGAUUCUGCGAGGGGUCCGACUGCAAACAAGACACUGGAGAAUGCGAGAAGCCAGAGACAGCGCCUAGGUGCACAGAGGUCGUUUCUAAAUACAAACGAUCCCAAUCAGUAUACUCCAGCACCACCACAACUCGAUGCAAAACCGUGACGGCGUGUUCGGCGACAGAGACAACCGUCACGUCCACAACCACGGUUGAUGCGGGCAAGAUAAUCACCAUUACAGAGCAUUACCCGGUCCAUUCGUUGCUCUCCAACGAAGAGUAUUCGUCCAUUGCAAGGAGGCUUCGUGAAGAGCGAAUCUCGCGGGAUAAGUCUCGCUUUCACAGGCCAAAAACAACGGUUACGAUUCUGGACCCGGGAACGAGGACUAUACAUUCUCCCCCAGAGUACACGACAGCCCACAUACAUGAUAAGGGUAGGCCUAAGUGUAUGAAUGAUGGGGACGGCUCUGCUUAUCGCAGAGAGAUCAUCCUAGCCGUUAGCGCUUUUUGUCGUAGCAACGACGAGCAGACCAUGAAACGAGGCGACGACGCCCGGAUGAUGACCACUCGUGCGGAUUGCAAAGAUGGAAAAGACUGUGGAGCGUUCAUGACAGUAGGGUUAAAGCUCUCUGAUGCAAAGGGAUGUGAAUCGUUUCUCUUUAACGGACGCGGAGACCGUGAUGAUCAAUGCGGCCAGAAUUUCCGAAAGAUCACUGACGAGUGUGAUACAAGAGGAGAGAACAACAAGAAGGGCGGUUCGUUUUCCUCCGGGUGUGCCAUGUGGUUUAUCGAUAUUGAAUCGACCAAGUCCUUUAUGGCCAGAUGGAAUGAAGAGCUAGAGCGCCAGAAGAAAAACCACGAGCCCUACCAUGUUCCUGCGAGAUAUAAUGUGCAUUAUGGGGUUGUUGGGGAUGCUAUCGUAAAACCCAAGCCUGCCCACCCAGUGGACCAGGAUGGUGUACUUCACUGUGGACGGAGUCAGCUUUCAGUCUCCCGAGCCGACUUGAUUACGGCCAUUGGAAAAUACUGCCGCGAGAUGAAUGGCCAAUAUGUUAAAUAUCAAGGCCCAAUCUUGAAGGUAGGGUACUACGGCGUGAACUGUUCGGGCGCCUCGUGCAAGGGGUAUAUAGCCUUGCAGGUGGCAAAUUCUGAGUAUGAGCCGUCUGGCUGCCCCGACUACAAGAUAGAUGGCGAGGGAACGACCGAGGAUCAAUGUGGCCAGAAUUUCCGACUGGCCGUUGAUGGGUGCGGCAAAGACAAGGAGAAUGAAAAGGAGAGGAGUGAACUCCAAUUCAACUGUAUACAUUGGAAAAUUUUUCUCCUCACUCCGUACGACUAUGCUAGGUCUUCUUCUGAGACCGUGAUUGUUUAA